AUGCCAACGGGUGGUGGUCCAAAAAUAACAAAAUGUGAAACGAUAUAUUUUAUAUCUCAAAAUUUGCUCCAUGCUCGUGCUUAUCAGCAAAACACAUUUGAACAACAACACACCUACUACACUAUGUACUCGGACAAUAAAAACAUACAGAAGCUGACCAGAAUUGAAAAAGAAAUGAUGAAAAAAGGGCAGACACAACCAUUGGCCAAAGUUUGUUGCGAAGGAGAAGACGACGAGGCUUCGGACUUUGAAAACCACGAUAAGAUCAAUGGGUUGCGGACGGCCCGUUCAUCGUGCGCCAACGAUAUUUUGAUGAAAACUCUGAUCGCCAAGUAUGCUCAGCGGCUUAUGGAUAAGCUGGAAAAAAUAUCGGUCGAUGUUCCGAACAGCGAACACGCGGGCGCAAUAGCGCAGCUAUGCAGAAAGGCGCAGAAGUUGAUCAAGGAUCUGGAUCAGGUGGGCGGGCCAAGUGACUCUUCUACCGUACUGCUGAAAAAGUAUGACUGCCUUCGCAUGGAAUACUACAGCGUUUGUGACGGAAUAAAAAGAACGAGAAGGCAGCAAUGUGGUAAGGGGGGCGUGUCGGUGGCCACCGGGAGAUCGGAAAGCCGUGAUAAACUCGAUAAACGGAAAAUCGGUAGUACAUCCAACGAGAAAAUCAGAAACCUUAAGAAACUCGAAGACCUCAAGAAAAUACAACAAAACUGCCAAAAACUCGACAACAGUAAGCAAUGCAAGCUCUGCUCGUAUUGCGGGAAACGCAAGAAGAUGUGCGGUAUGAGGUGGGAAACGAGACAGCGUACUGAUAAAGCGAAUUGUCAGAAGAAACCCUUUGAAUGGAAGUCGUUUCUCAAGCACCGACUUUUCGUUUAUUUUCCGUGCCUGUGUUGUAUGAUUAGAGAUUCUGACUGA